CCUCCGGCCCGCUCUCGGUCAGAGAGGAGGAUGUUCCGGUGGGGAGUUUGAAUCCGGGCCUGGUCCCGCCGUGCCCACACCCACGCAAACCACGAUGACCUCCCUGGAAACUGUGGGUGAACCCCCUCCGCUCCUGGGGAUGCCGGCCGACGCUGAGCAUCCUCCACGAGCACUCCCACCUGUGCCAAGUGCUAUCCAAGACGAUAUUCCACUUAGCCAUCCUAAGAAAAAGAAGUCCAGAACAAAAAGCACGCUAGCUACCACUUCUUCGGAAGGCCAUGCUGAGCCCGUUGUUAACAGGAGGGCUGAAGGCAGUGAGCCACCAGCUGCAGAACUCAAGGAGCACCCAGAAGCUCCUGUUCCAAGGAGACAGAAGAAGACAAGACCACCUCCUGAGUUGGAGACUUCCCUCACUGAAAGGCCAUCGAGUCCAUCUCUACUACGGAACGAAAACGGCAUUGAUGCGGAGCCUCGUGAGGAGGCAGUGAUUCCAAAACCGCGAAGGAAGGCAAAGAAAACCCAGCCAGCUGAGCCACAGUAUGCUAGCGAGCUAGGGGUGGAAGAUGAAGACAUACUCACAGAUGAGCAGGGCACUCUAGAACAUCACGCUAGGUACACGGCACCCACCGGAGUUAGCCAGCCUGUUGGCAAAGUGUUUGUGGAAAAAAGCCGGAGGUUUCAGGCGGCGGACCGUUCCGAGUUGAUAAAGACCACAGAAAACAUAGAUGUGUCAAUGGACAUGAAGCCAUCUUGGACUACCCGAGAUGUGGCACUUUCUGUGCACCGAGCUUUCAGGAUGGUCGGUCUGUUCUCUCAUGGCUUCUUGGCUGGCUGUGCUGUGUGGAAUACUGUUGUGAUCUACGUUCUGGCAGGAGAUCAGCUGUCUAACGUCUCCAACCUUCUGCAGCAGUACAAGCCCUUGGCUUAUCCCUUCCAGAGCCUUCUUUACUUGCUUUUGGCUCUAAGUACAGUUUCAGCAUUUGACAGGACUGACUUUGCUAAAAUAUCAGUAGCAAUCCGGAACUUUUUGGCCCUGGAACCAACAGCUUUAGCUUCUUUUUUGUAUUUUACUGCUCUAAUACUCUCUCUGAGUCAGCAAAUGACAAGUGACAGAAUCCACCUUUACGAACCUUCUGUCAAUGGAAGCCUCUGGGCAGCAGAAGCUGAGGAACCGAUUCUCGUGCCAUGGAUCAUAGUGAAUCUGGUGGUGGCUCUCCUGGUUGGAUUAUCCUGGCUCUUUUUGUCUUACAGACCAGACAUGGAUCUUAGUGAAGCACUCUGUGUUGUUGCUGGGACUGACACUAUUCCUGGCUGGCGUGUGGAGGGUUCUGGUUCAACUGCAAUGCGCAUGAUACAUAGUAAAAAUUCCAGAAAACUGAUGUCUUUUAAGAGUUAAUGUUCUUUUCUGAUGUGGACCAGUACCCUGAGAAAGGAACCAAGGCAUCUCCAUAGCACCUGCUCCUUCCCGGCAGUGACUGACGUCUGCGCUCCCCACUCCUGCUUUUAAGUGUAUUUUUAUAAGAUACGUGUAUUUACAAUUGAGCUUUUGUUACAUAAUGCUGAAAUGCUACUGGAGAUUAUGAAAAAUGUUUAAAUUAUAUCUGGUCUUUAUACCAAACUAACAUCUUUAUUAUUAUCACCUUAGUGAUACAGGAGAUAAUGAGCUAAAAAAAUAAAAAUAAAAUAAGAAAAGCAGGUGAUAUGUUUGUUUCCUGUUCUCUCAAAUUUGCUAAAUUUAUAAUUAUUAUCUAAAAAGCACCAAUGUAGAAAAGCCUUAACUUCAGUGUUAUAAAAUAUACAUCAAGUUUAAAUGUAAAUUUAGAAAAUGGGGAAGAUGGGAAAAUGUUUUCAUUUUAUAUUUUUGAUGUCUUAUUGAACAUACUGAAGUAUAUAAUUUGUGUUUUCUGUAUCUUGCUAGUGUUGUGUAUCAUGUAAUAAUUAUGUCGUCAUUUGAAUUGAAAGAUGCUUUAUAGCUAAUAAAACAGAAAUACAUCUCUUUGACAA